CAGAGAUACUACUAUACAGAUCAGCACCAUAAGCAUCUCUCUUCUCCUCGAAUCCUCGGAAUCAUGAUUUCACGUCUGCCGUCCGUCUGCUACGCUCCCCGGCAGAUAACCCAUAUCCAUCGCCAUCGCCAAGGGUCCGCAGUGGAAACUUGCUCAGCCAAGAACUUCUCAACCUCAAACGAACAAUAUGGCCGAGAAAGAUUGUCCACGUCUCAAGCUGAUUCUCCCACCGAUCGUAUUCUCAGUAGUCAAGUGCCGCUGUGCUGUGGCGUGGCUUACAUCCAUUCUUCUCAAACGUGCUCAUUACAUUUUCUCCUGGCUAUAAUGAACUUCGAGAAGGAAUGCAGCAGUCUUAUUAACACCACAAAGGCAUGUUCCUUUGAACUCUGACUUUGGACCACUUCAUUCCCUCACACCAUGGCUUCUUCCUCUUCCGAACUUCUGGCAAGACACAUCCAGGACCAUAAUGAAGCGAAUACUACCACGAAACAUUACUGGGCAUAUCCGAGUCGGGUCUUACCUUGUACUAAAGAUGCUGGGACUUGCGAGUAUUUGGAGGCAGUGUACAGUGGGCAUGUGACUUCGAUGCUGUAUACUUUUAUCCUUUGGGGUGCAAUCUUGGGAGUAUUGGCUGUUUGGACGGUUGUCAGGAUCUUGAGGGCGGGCAGAGCAAGUCAUGGUGCUGCGGCGCUGUUGCUGGAUAUCGGUGAUCGUGUUUCGAUGUUGAAGAGGAGGUUACUUCCUGAUGCGCCUAUGCGCUGGUUGUUUGGGAGGAUUAGCAGAUUGCAAGUGGUUAUUUUAGCGGUGAUGUUGGCGUACCUUCUUGUCUUCUCGCUGGUGAAUAUCUGGUAUCAAACCAGAGUGACGCCAAUUAAGAAUUCGACUCUGCAUAACACGCGAACAGGGCUGGGGCCAUGGAGUGAUCGCAUAGGCGCUCUAGCGUAUGCACUCACUCCGUUCACGGUGAUGCUAUGCAUGCGAGAGAGCGCCCUUUCACUCAUUACCGGUAUCCCCUACCAGCACUUCAACUUUCUCCAUCGAUGGCUUGGACGAGUGAUAUUUGUGCAGAGCGCAUUGCACACCAUUGGCUGGACCAUCAUCGAAGCCAAGCUAUAUCAGCCGCAGCCGAAGACAUACGUCGACUUCAUCAAGCAGCAGUACAUGAUCUUUGGAUGCAUAGCUAUGGCCUUCGUCAGCUUUCUGACAGUGUUCAGCACCAAGUGGGCGAUUCGCAAAACCGGCUAUGAGUGUUUCAAGAUGACACACUGGAUCAUUGCUGUCUUGUACAUCGGAGCUUGUUGGGGUCAUUGGGACAAGCUAUGGUGCUGGAUGGUGCCCAGCUUGGCGUUGAUUGUGAUCGACCAAGUUGUGCGCGGCUUGCGAGUCGCAUAUAUUCACAUGGGUGGGACGAAAGGCAGCGACUUUGGUUUCAGGUGCGCGCAAGCCGAUGUUCAGGUAUUGACGGACGACAACGGGACUGUUAUCAGACUGGACUUCGACUACGAGCAUCGUCAGCCUUGGGGAGUAGGUCAGCACUUUUACUUGACCUUUCCAAGCUUGAGCAUCUGGCAAAGUCAUCCAUACACUGUCUCUUCAGUGCCACAGCCAAAUAGUAAAGUGCAGCAUCACACCUACUUGAUCCGAGUGCGAGACGGCCAAACCAAGACACUUGCACAGCUUGGAAACACGACUAUACCGGUAAUCCUCACUGGUGCUUAUGGGAAUAGGUUUCCAUCUUACCAGAGCCAACACAUCCUUGCCAUCGCCGGUGGAACAGGAGUAACAUUCACAUAUCCUAUCAUCGUGUCGGCUAUCCAGCAGUGCAUCACUAAAGCAGCAGUCCUGGACUUUGUAUGGAUUGUGCGCAAAGCAGAAGACCUGCUGUGGCUGAGCAGUGAGCUAUCCCGGCUCAAAACACUUCUCAGCGAAAGGGCAGGAUUGAAAGUAUCAAUAUACGUCAGCCGCGAUGUUCAACACAAGCUGAAGUCGCCAACGAAAGCAAGAGCAGAGUCUCCGUUGCGUGAGAAGGCUGGAAUCGAGACGACAGUCUCGUCACUAUCCUCUCGAAAAUCGGACGUGUCGCUGGACGAGCUAUUAGCGAUCAGCCAUCCUCGGUUUGCGGUUCAUUGGUUGAAAGACCAUCACCCGUCCUGUACAGAAAUUGUAUCCGACUUCCGAGAAAGAAGUCUCAUGGUCGGCGGAGGUGCUGAGAUUGUGGGAAGCGGUCCCGAGGCCAUGGGAAGUGACCUGAGGGCGGCUGUUGCGAAGCUCGAAAUAAUAGACGAGCAGUUAGGCUUCUACUGGGAUUCCAGAGAAUAGAUAUGUGGCUCAUGAUGUCCAACGACACGAUCAUAUUCUCUCUUUCUG